UUUAAAUUUCAUUUUUUUUUUUUAAAGCAAUGCUAGGAUUGCACCUGAUCACCAUGAGUUGUGAAUCUGGGUUCCAUCUUCCCCUUAGCCUGCUUAGUCAGCCCUGAUUAAGCUGCUAUUUCCCAGUCAGUAUGCAAAACAGGAAUACUAAUCAAUGUGCCCUGCCAGUUAUUUAGGAAGACACAACAUCUUCAAACCAGGAGAGGUCUGGAGGGUGGCAACACAAGAAAUGGCCUUUUCUACUGUGGCUCUCGUUUUAUGGGAUGCUAUCCUCAGGAAGGUGCCUUCAUUACAUCUCUUUAUGCACCAGUCAAAAGCAUUUUUACAUAUCUUUGGCUGGUUAACAUUCUAAGGCCUUUUAAAUGUGCUUGUGGGAAGGGAGGUCACUGGUUUUUGUUGCAUGUAUUUCGUGUUGUGAACCGCCCUGAGAUCUUCGCGUGAGGGGCGGUAUACAAAUUUAGCAAAUAACAGCCAUCAGCAUAGAGAAGAAGGAAAGGGGGGCGGGGGAAAGCUUGCUACUCUCUGGGGGAAAAACACACCGGCGCAACCCGCCUACUACUGGACAUAAACUCUGUUGCCACAAAGAGGAUCGGAGGCGUAGUCGAAAGAGCUCUGCAACGCGCAGGUGCGAGGAAGCACCCCUCCGACUACAUAUCCCAGGAUGCACUGCUCCAGGCGCUGAGGGAAAGCUUGGCGAGCCCCGGCCUUCCUCGAUUGCUGGGAGUUGUAGUCUCCGAAAGGCUUGGGCGGCGAAGUGGAGGCAGCCGCGUCGGGAAGUGGAGCUCGCGAGGGGCGACAAGUGUCAUGGACAAGCUGAAGCGGGUUCUCAACGGGAAGGACGCCGAGGAGCCGGGGCCACUGGCGGAGGUAAACCCCGGGGGAGGGGGAAAGUGUGGGGUGAAGGAGGCUCUCUCCAUGGCUUUGUCGCCCGGUCUGCCUCAGGCAGCUCCUUUCGCCGCCCCGGUUCCUUCUCCGCCCCCCUAAGGCGCUUAGCCCCCCUCACCAAUUUCAGGGGAGCAGCUGAGGCCGUCGUUGUUGCUUGGCCUUUUGGGGCCCCUUCCGUUCCUCUCCUCUCCGCACCUUUCCUCAACUACCUGCUAUUUCCCUCCCCCACCCCAUAAAGGAAGGUCGCCUAUAACCUUCCCCCGUGCCAGGGGGGCUUUCUGAGCCUUCGACUGCGCCGUGAGAGACCCUUCCUAGCGCCCAGCUCUCUCUCCCCUCUCUUGGCCAAAGUGCGUGUUGAUGCUUCUCGUUUAAUUGCUGCCUUCCUGCCCGCCCAGGUGUUUGGGAUCUGACGUCACAAGCUCCAGGAAAAAAACCCCAGGAUCCAAGCUCUCAUCCUGUGUACAGUGUACACGCUAAGUACUGCUCAAAGCUCUCUUCGCCCCACUUCAUUUGACCCGAGGGAGGGGAAAAAAAUGCUGCCUCCCCUUUUGGUACUUACCUGUUGCUGAACUGGACUCGAACCCACACCUUGCUUGUAAUUCAGCAGGUGCUGAAUAGGUGCACAGAGUCCACCCAGGUUAAGGCGGUUCUAGAGAAAUUAAUUUGGCGUUUAUGCAUCCGACCAAAGAGUCAUAAGUUGGUUUCGCCGGUUUGUCUUUCAACAGAUCACUUGGCUUAAAUGCAUUUCUUUUGACAUACUGAAGGAAGAGUGAAAAAUACAGGACAGACUGAAUGGCUGCCUAUCAUGACAGCUAUAUAUUUACUCUAGUAUCACACCCAGGAUGCCUCUGAAUACCAGUUGCUAGAGAGCAGGAGCUGAAGAGUGUUAGUGUGUUAAUAUUGCACAUCUGGUUGGCCACUGUGAGAACAUGAUCCUAGGCUACGGAAGGGCACUUCUUGUACUGUAUUCUUUUGUGCUCAAGGGAUGAAGGCCAAAGGGAAGCUGUGUCAUAAUUGUUUACUACUAACGGCACCCUGGGUAGAACUUGCAAAACGUAAGGAGAUGGAAAGCGAAACACCACUGUCUCAUGGUGUAUCUUUGUGAUGGUUUGUUAUGUUCUAAAACUUAGCCUGCAAGCUUUAGUUGACCAAUUAAUGCAAAUCAAAUCAAUACUGAUUGGUGAAGCCCAUAAGUAAAACCUGUUUUGGUUUUGCUGUGUAACUGUGAUAGGGGGCUAGAAAGAAAAUACUAUGGACAGCAUUUUCUUCCAACAAAGGUGCAGUUUCUUGCAUAAAUGGAAGUGCAUUCUGCUAGUACAAAGUCAGCUCUGAAUGCAACCCUUGGCAUCAGCUGGUUCCCCAGAGUAAUUCAACACAAUAAAUGUAGGCUUAAUUGGGGGGGGGGGGCUUUUAGAAUGGUGGGGUGAGGGGUGAAAAAUUAUUGGAUCCUCUGUGGUUCUUAUCCUUGCCGCUACUUGUGCUGUUUACUCUAGCUUGGCAGAUGUAGCAUGAUAUUCUAUUCCCAGUUUAACAGGACUAAUCUUGCUGUAGGGAGAUAGGCAUACUUCUUGUGUGCUCUGUUUGGUAAACAGCUUGAUGAAUACUUAAUUACCUUUUUUUUUUUUUGGCCGGUGUUACAGCAUAUCAAGAGUAAGGGAAUCUUUUAAAAUUCAAAGUGACUUUAAAAGUAAUGUAAAUGGUUAGAAAAGUGGGAUAGUUGUACUGCAUUUUAUUUUAUUUUUAAAGGGCAUUGCAUAAGUGCUUCAGGAGAUCAGUAAUACAAAGUUCACAAGAUGAGGCUUAUCAUGUUUGUUUGUGGAGAGAGUUGUCAUUAUCACUAGUGAUAUACCUAUGACACUUGCACAACUACAGUGCUAUGCUGUAGUUUCAGCAGCAAGGAAUUCACCUCUGAAAGGGGAUUCUGAAUGCCCUUGUUAAUAAAUACAUUUGGGCUGGGAAAACACAACAUCCCUGCAGGAAACCAGCAACCUUGAAGUUUGCAUCUGGAAGUAUCUAAGUUAACAUUGCUAAGAGACUUUGCUGCUAAGAGACUUUGCUCCAUAUCAGGUAGUCCUGGGUUUUCAUCUCUGCUCUGCCAUGAACUCACCAAGUGGCCUUAGGCAAGCCAGUCGCUCAGUCUCAGUCCUCACCUCCGUUUGCAAUCUGACGGAUAAUAACACUCAUGUAACUUACAGGGUUUUAGUAAGGAUUGCAACUAGAUAAUUGAAGCUCUUUGAACACUUGAAAAUGCUCUAGACAUGUUGGGCACGAUAAUCUUUAUUUAUGUCCCAGGAUGAUCUUUGUUUAAAUUUAGUUUGCUUUUCCCAUCAAUUUAUUAUCAAAAUACAAGAAUUUUGAACAAAAUAAUUUGUUGCAAAAUAUACAAAUAAAUUCAAAUACAACAAAAUAUUUUGGAAACAUAGGAUCAGUUCCAUUCUACUUUUUUUGUUUCCAUGUUUUAGCUGCUUGGAUUUCAGACAACUGCAUAUUAAUUGACUGAUGCUAUAUAGAUUAAAAAACUAAAUGGUUUUGCUAUUCUUGGAUUUUAUAACAAUGACUAAAAUGAUCUAAAUCUGCUUUUAUUACAGGAAUGCCCUUGCUUACAAAAUAUUUAUACUCCGAUAGCUGAUAGAAACUUGAUAGUAUUUUCUAAACUAUAUUAUGUCAUAAGAAGGAAUUAGUAAAGUAGAAUCAGACAUAAUACAACUAUCUGAAUACAUUUGUUAUAAAAGUUGGGGUUUUUUCUAGUAUUUUCUUUUAAACGGAAUCUUCUUUGGAGAAACUUGGCAUGAAACUUUGACUAUGCGAAGCAGUUGAAAUGGAUUCAAUACACUCUUUGUUUUUAAUAUUAGAAUAGAAAUAAUGCUAAUGGCCAGGGAAAUGUAGCUGCUUUCUGUGAACAUGUGAAAGGAAUAAGCUCAAAGUUGCCUUGAGUGAUGAUUAAUAGAAGCUGUUGUCGAAGAAGAAGAAAACUGAAUAUUGCCUUAUAUUAACAUUGAGGAAGUGAUAUCUGUUCAUAGAAUAGAUAAGACGAGGCACUUUUCACAAAGAUGUUAGAAGCAUGUUUGUGAAGUUUCCUCGUGUAGCGAAGCUGCUGGAAGGAAAUGAAAGCAACUGGCUGUAUAUUGAUGCAUGCCUUUUUAAAACCUUGACACUACAAUUUUAAUAAGUCUCUUUUAAAAAAAAAUUAUUUCCAGGUGAUUGAUGCAUCUUCCUUAAGCUGGAGUACGAGACUGAAAGGCUUUAUAGCUUGUUUUGCUAUUGGCGUUCUGUGUUCCAUUCUGGUAAGAGCUUUCCUUCCCCACCUCAUCAGCUUUUGUUGGAUAAAGUUUGGAUUUGUUGAAUAAUAUCUCCCACAAUGCAAGGCAACCAUUUCCCCCCCCAGCUGCUCAGUAUUGCACUCAGCUCCAUCAUUCCUGAAGGAAUAUAAAAGUUUUGACUCCAUGAAGAGUAAUCAUGGUGACUGAUCUAUCCUCUUUUAUUUUCACAUCAGUUGAGAUAGUGCAAUCUUUUACAUGCUUGCUGUGGAAAAAGUCCUACUGUAGAUUUGUAGGGUUUACUCCAAUGUAAAUGUUCACGGGCGACACCAAUUUUGUACGGGCAUACUUCCUCUUCUUUCUCCUGCAGCCCCUAUGAGUUGUCCAAAUUUUCUCUGGAGGGUUGAAGGACCUUCUGAGGAGGAUUUUAGGGGUGCAAAAGAGGGAGAAAUGCAAAGGGAAGUCCUACAAGUUGUACAAGCAGAAAUCCAUUUCACAUCAUUAGAUGCCACCUUGUAAAUUUUGCAACCUAAAUGUAAUUUGAUGUGGAAUAUUGGUUGCAAGUUUUCUGCACUGUCAUGAGAAGCCUGUUGUUCAGAGAGAAAAUACAACCCAAACCAUCAUAAAUUCUAAGACUGGAAAGACUAAUAACAAUAAUCUCUCUAAUAUCCUUUGUGUAAAUUUGACUGGUGUUUGAUACUUUAGGGAUACUUUCAAGCAACCAACAAUAAGCCAGUGAUUUGUUCUUUUUCAUUCAUAGUUGGGAUAUCAAAUCCUUCUCCAUAGGCAAGUCAUAAACUUGUAUUCAGUCAUUGCCUUGGCUAACACACCUAACCUUCAUGAUACUGGGUACAUGCAGCCAGCAGUUGUUGUUUUCCCAGUGUGGUGAGCCUGGCUUAUUUAUGUGUUCAGAAUGCCAAGGACAGACUGAUUGAAUGCUGAUUCAGUUGAUUGUCUUACUCCCCACUAUUGCAGGAUACUAAAAACAUACACAAAACAGUUACACAUAUAUAUAUAGAUGUGCAUAUAUAAGUGUGUAUGCGCAGUUUAAAACAAUAGCACAUACAUCUGAUUAAUACGAAGCCACUACAGAAAGCAACUUGGGAUCAUGUUGCAUGACUCCCAGCUUGAUGAAAUCUAAAUUUGAAAUAUUAUUGCUUUUAGAUGAAAUAUUAAGAGGAUUUUUCAUGAAAGUAAAGUAAUAGUAACAUAUGCUAUUUUUAAAAUAGGCUUUGACAAAAUAAAACUUAAGGCAACACAUUUUAUGUGAUAAUGGAUGAGAGCAACCAAAAUACUUAUCUUCUCUACAGAUAAUUGUUUUCACAGACUUCUUUUCCUUACAGUGAUGGUGUAUGUUCCUUCUCUUGUCUGUCUUUCCAGGGUACUUGUCUGCUAUGGGUUCCCAGGAAAGGGCUAAUCUUGUUUGCAGUAUUUUACACACUGGGGAAUAUCGCGUCUCUUGGAAGGUAAUCUUCUUUUCCUUGAAUUAGUAGGUUUGCUCAGAAUAUCAAAUAGGUGAAUGAACUAAACAGUUCAUGCUUGAAAUAUAUUAUCUUUCUCCUUUUUCCAUUUUACCAUCAAAAUAUUUUACAAAUGAAAUGUUUUGAUUGUAUCCCUCUCAAUUCUUAUUCCCUGUCUCAUGUUUAUGAUUGGGGUUCAGCGAAACAGUUUAACUCUGUUGGCAUGGCUUCCGUAUUGUUUUUAAUACUAUAUGAUUUUACUACUUGUUUUCCAAUAGAGUGUUCCCUAAUUUUCUCUUAUGAGUUAUACUAUGUGAUUAUAGUAUCUUUGAGGCUAAAGUAUGGUCUGUUUAUGAUUCCUACAAUACAGUAAUGGUAGCAGUUUACGCUUGUAUAAUGUGCAUUUGUGUGUUUUGCUCUUAGCAGAUGGGUUAAAUAAUUUUUUCUUAUAGCACUGUCUUUCUUAUGGGACCGAUGAAUCAGUUGAAAAGAAUGUUUGAACCCACUCGUUUGAUAGCUACAGCUGUUAUGCUUGUAAGUAACAAAACUUUUCUGUUUUAACUUGUAUUUGAAUUGAGAAGGCUAUCAGUGUUAAUGCUUUUUUUAAGGGAAUUUGCUUAAUUUUAAAAUACAAGCAAAUGUAGCAUAUAAAAGUACCUUGUGGUAAAAUAUCAGUAGUCAGAAAACAAGUCAGAAAACAUAGUCAGAAAACAAGUGAUGCAAAACAAAGGCGCAGAAUUUCCAGCAUGUGUUUCUUGUAAAAUAAUAAUAAAAAAUUGUAAGUUCAAGUCUCAUGAACUGAAGGAGCAGUUAAGGGGGGUGUGGGGAACCUCAAGCCCUCUCUACCUGGCCCUCACAAGUCUCCCUAGGCCCCCCCCCAAAAAAAUUUGCAUUCCAAAUGUUUCUGUCUUGAACUCUGGUAAUGUCUCAUGGUCACCUGGCUGGAUGAUGGUGUGUGACUGUGUGUGGAAACUAGCCUACUGUAGAAAGCUAACAUUUACAUUCAGCAUUCCAUUCAUUUUUGCCUCUGGCCUCACACACCACAGCUACAUGGUCUUGGAUUGAAGAAGGUUCCCCAUGGUUUGUUAACUGUGCUAGGAUUAUUCUGUUGGUUCUUCUUAAUAUAGCUUAUGUUGUAAUGGGCAUGUGGGCCUUUUCUAGUGCUUAAUUAUGUGCAUUUAUUUAUAGGAAGGGUAAUAAACAAAUAAAUGAUUUGUAUUCCCAUAUGUCCCCAGCACCUUGUACCUGGAGGGCUAUUGUGUCUGUGUAUAUAAUGAUCCCAUUUAGCUGUCAUGACAAAUGUGUAUCUUUAGACUGCUCCUUCGGAACUGGACUGAUGUUUCUUAGUUACGACUGCUACUAUGUUUGAGAUGGGGGCUUUGUCUUUUCUUUUAUUUGUGCUGGGAUAAGAUACUGGAAAUAGUUUGACAAAUAUAUUGGACAUAUUCUUAGGGUUUUUAUUGACCUCUGAUUCAUUGCAACUAUAUACAGUGGUACCUCGCAAAACGAAUGCCUCUCAAGACGAAAACCUCGCAAGACGAAAUAGUUUUUCGUUUUUUGAGUUGCUUCGCGAGAUGAAUUUCCCUAUGGGCUUGCUUCGCAAGACGGAAACGUCUUGCAAGUUUGUUUCCUUUUUCUUAAAACCGUUACAGUAAUACAGGGUACAUUGCUUGAAGAAGUGCAGUUGCGACUUGACUUCGGGGAGCAACUCAUAGUAUGCGGUGUGGUAGCCUUUUUUGAGGUUUUUGAAGAUUUUUUUGAAAAAAUUGAAACCGUGCUUCGCAAGACGAAAAAACUCGCGGAACGAAUUAAUUUCGUCUUGUGAGGCACCACUGUAGUGUGGGGGUGUCCUUAUGGGUACAUAACCUCCUAAUUAAGUGGAGUAUGAGUAUUUAAUUAGGAAGUUCUGUACCGAUAAGGACACCCCAACUUGAUACACUUGGGGUGUCCUUAUUGGUAUAUUGCUGAAACCAGGUCCUUUUGUCAUGAGGUAGGGGCAAAAGUGUUGCCACAAUUCCCUGGAAAAUCCAAAAUGCAUAGGUCACUCAUCUAUUGCUGAUCCUUGGGUUACUUUAAAUUAGCUAUAGUGUACUUCAGUACUAUUGGGUCAGAUGUGCAGACUGACAGUGCAAUUCUAUUCAUGUCUGCUCAAAAGUAAGUUUCACUUCAGUUCAGUAGGACUUACUGUUGCUAAUAAUUAACUCAGUAUAAGGCCUUCCAAUAUUUGUGUUCUCCAGGUGACUGAUAAACAUAAAAGAUAAAAUACAUUAUGAUAAAAUAACAAUAGCAUAAAACAUGCAGUCUGACAAUUUCUAGCAUAGAGAUGAAUUAAACCAGAUGAUUAAAAAGAAGAAAAAUAUUAGGAUUGCAGCCUGGCACUGUACUCCAGUGCUGAAAAAAACAAAAAACCCUUGUUCAUCUUCAGUUACAGUUUUAAUGUCUUGCUUAUUUUAAGAUUGUCUCUCCUCUCUUUUAGUUAUGCCUCAUAUUAACUCUUUGUGCAGCUUUUUGGGUAAGUACUUGAAUCUCCGAUGCAACUAUGCAUAUAAAUUUAAUGACAUUUUCUUUGCUUGAUUUAUGAUUAUUCCUUCCUCUUUCAGUGGCACAAUAAGGGACUUGCCCUCAUCUUCUGCAUUUUGCAGUUCUUCGCCUUAGCAUGGUAAGUAAUGCGCCCCCCCUUUUUAUGUCUUUUGGAUUGUGAGCCUGAAGGCAAGGACUGUCUUCAUUUUAAAUAUAUAUAUAUAAUAUUUUAAAUUUAUACUGGUCUAUCACCCCAACAUUGUGAAGGCAGCCUGAGGUGUUGGGGAGCACACUAACUGAAUGGAGAUUUCAGAGCUGGCCCUUGCAGGAAUCCACCUCAGAGCCUGGAUGGGUCACCUGAGUGGGAGGAGGGUAACAGCAGAGGAAGGCUCCACCUUCCUGCGGGGGGGUGGUGGCUUCUUCUCCCUCCUUGUCUUUCUCCCUGGCACUGUGGGAAGCUUUUUUGGCAGGUCUAAUGAAACUGAGGCAUGGUGAGGUUGUCCUAAGCAGAAAUUGAGGCAGGCAGGGGGAAAUGUGGUCCUGGGGAGGGAAAAACUGAAAUAAAGAGGGGUGGGAGGAUGCUGAGCACACUGAGUAGAACUGGCUAUCCCCUAGUUUUAAUAUAUGUACAGUGGUUUGAAAAUUUUAGGUGCUUUAGAGAUUAUUAUUAUUUCAUAUUAUUAUUUAUUAAUAGCAAUAGGUUUGCGUACAUGUAUAAUAGGAGAGGUUUAUUUCCUCAUCCUCUCUGUCACAUAUCUUUAUGAAAAGACUGCAAUAAUGGAGCCCAAUGUCCAUAAUAAAUACAUCACCUCCUAAAUUUCCCUCUACCAAUUGCUGUUUGGGAUUCCAUUUGGACAGGAAGUUUCUUACGAAAGUCUAGCUACCUUAAAGUAAGAGUCACCAAGGCCUGGCUGAACUAUUGUCAACUUCUGUUGAUCUUCCACAUUUGGCCACUUUCCUCUUUCACAAGUGGUCUCCAUGUGCGCAGAUGUUGCUAACAAUGAGAAAAUUAGCUCCUGUUCUACCUUUCUCCUGGAAGGAGACUCUACUUCAUGUGGAAAGGGUGGGAGAGGUGAUGGAAACUGAUCCUGACAUGGAUAGUUAAAAAACUAAACUGGAAAGCAAAUGCUAGUUUUAAUUUGUCAGUCACUUAUCAAGCCACAAUAUGUGGUAGACUACCCUUGGCAUGGGCCAUGUGUUAUGCAGACUUGCCAUUGACACUCUGUGGGAAUGUGUGUGUGUGUGUGUGUGUGUGUGUGUGUGUGUGUGUGCCUGUUCUUCCUAAUACAUGUGUUUGUCUUCUCUCUCUUCUAGGUACAGCAUUUCCUUCAUACCAUAUGCAAGGUAAUCUUGACUUCCAUUUGCUUCAGGAGCUACCCAGGUCAUAAAACAUAAAAGGGAAAUUUCUUCUGUGAUAUGGAUGGCUGGAAAAAUCGAUCUCCCUUUAAUGCGUUCUUCUCUGUAUUCUCGAGAUUACUUGCUAUGUGGAAUGAUUGAAUAGAGGAGGUGAAAUAUUUCACUUGUAGGGUUGAUAUAGCGCUGCGUGAUUGAAAAUAUAGAAAGCUCAGCACUCUUGUGAAAUGUGUUUUAUGAUUAAUAAAUCCCAAACAAAUAUUUAUCAUUUAGAUUGUUUAUAUAGUGCCAUUACUGUACUUGAGAAAGUACAAGAGGGUAGGCUCCUGCCCUGAGGGCUUAAAAUAUAUAAUUUGAUAUAAAGAGACAACAGAGGAAGUGGAGGCAGGAGCAAAUAAGGAAAGAAUGUGUGUUUAUUUCAGAUACAUAUUUCACUUUGGUUACAGUAAAGCUUAGGGGCUAAGGAGUGGAACCAUGUUUUCAUGGAAAAUGUUGGUUUUGUGGGAACAGAGAGUGGCAGCAUGAUAUAUUUUUGUUUGUGGCAAAACUACCCAUAGAUCUAUGUUGAAAGUCUUUGUAACAAUUUGCAGACUGGUAGCUAUGUUAGUUUAUUUCAAGAAAAAACAAAGUCUGGUGGUGCUUUAAAGAUUUAAGGUUUUUUAUUAUGGCAUAUGCUUCAUCAGGUGAUGCCACAGAAUUGUUGCUGAGUCCCUGCAGGCCACCCAAAACCUGUAUACAGUGGUACCUUGGUUCUCAAACUUAAUCCGUUCUGGGAGUCCGUUCGACUCCCAAAACUGUUCGAAAACCAAGGUGCGGCUUCUGAUUGGCUGCAGGACCUUCCUGCAGCCAAUCGGAAGCUGCAUCAGACAUUCAGCUUCCGAAAACGUUUGCAAACUGGAACACUUGCUUCCAGGUUUGCGACGUUUGGGAGCCGAUUUGUUUGACAACUAAGCCAUUUGGGAACCAAGGUACCACUGUAUUGCAGAUAGCGCCAUAUACAGUUAGCGGGUUAACCACCACUGCUGAAAAGGGAAAAGAUUAAUGUAGAAGGUAGGGUUAAAUGGCAGUGGAAUGUAAAAGGUAAAAAUGCAUUAUGAGACAGUUGAAUUAGAGCUUGUGUAUGCAAUUUGACCCUUCACAGCAGCAGUGAUUGGUGAUAACAAAAAACACCUUAGCAUUGUUGAGUGAAGUGGCCAUAUAAUUAGAGCAGAACAUUUGCAAAAUGAGCAUGGUGACCCUUCAUACCUAUAGUGGGACAGGAAACCAUUGUCUCUAUUCAGACUCGGAUUAAUAGAAUUGAACUGCUUGAGAUGUUGCAAUUCGGUAGAGAGGAUGGCUUCUGUCCCACUACAGGUGUUAAUUUACCCAGCAGUGCUAAGAUGAUUCUGUUUGUCAAAAAUCACUGCUGCUGUGAAGGGUCAUUGCUUAUACAUUUUAAAUAUUUGUGCGGCUUAUUCAAAUACUUAAGGGGACAGUGUAUUUGUUUUUAUUUUUGCAGGGAUGCUGUGAAGAAGUGUGUCACUGUGUGUAUCACAUAACAGAGACGCAAAUGACUUGGUAAGUAUUGGGGGGGGGGAGGAAAUGUUGUGGUAAAAUAGCUAUAUUCCCAGCUCCUUCUUUUUAAUGCAGUAAUCUCUGACUAUACACUUAAGUAGCAUACGUAAACAUUGCUAGCUUUUUAUUUUAUUUUAUUUGAAAAGGUGUAUUUAAAUCUAGAUUUUCAAGAUAGCUUACAAAAGAGAACCAUAAAACAAAUAUAAACUGUCAUGUACACUGAUGACUCAACUACAUUUGUAAAGCGUUUUAUACGUGUUAUAACACUGUGACACCAGAUGGUGCUGUGGAGGCCCAUUUUUUGCCAACGGGAUUUCCCUGUAUGAAGUUUACAACGCAUUUAACUGAAUCUCUUCUUUGAUAUGUCUAGAUUCAGCCUGUUAGUACUUGAGCUCCAGUCUUAAACAGUCUAACUCAUUUGAGCUUGUUUCUGGAUAAAGUGAGGCAGCUUAAGUGAUUACCUAUAUUUGCUGAGAUGUACCAAAUUUUUGCUCUUUGCUGAUGUCACACUGUAGAAAGAGAAAUUAAUUGCGAGAUGGUCUUUUAGGUGCCCAUAUUGGGUUGUAUCCUAUGCUGCUGUUCUACUUGUACAACUUGAGCAUUGGAACUUCCCCCUUCUCUCUUCUGCAGCCCACUGUACACCUUCAAAAUCUGCUCCAGAAGUUGGUGGAGUGGGGUGUGUGUCUUAUUUCCCAUUGUUAUGAGUAGGCAUAUAUUUUGUCAAUUUUAAAAGGCUUUUCUACAUAUUCGCUGUAGUCUGGAGAUGUGCAUAAACAGAACCCACAGUUUUGCUGGGACUGCAGAUAAAGACCGGUCUGUCAUGUGGAAGAGGCAUAAGCACUUCUCUCUGUGUGCAGAAGCCUCUGUAUACCUAUAAAGCAGGGGUCAGCAAACUUUUUCAGCAGGGAGCCGGUCCACUGUCCCUCAGACCUUGUGGGGGGGCUGGACUAUAUUUUGAAAAAAAAUGAACAAAUUCCUAUGCCCCACAAAUAACCCAGAGAUGCGUUUUAAAUAAAAGCACACAUUCUGCUCAUGUAACAACACCAGGCAGGCCCCACAAAUAACCCAGAGAUACAUUUUAAAUAAAAAGACAUACAGUGGUGCCCCGCAAGACGAAUGCCUCGCAAGACGAAAAACUCGCUAGACGAGAGUUUUCCAUUUUUUGAGUCGUUCCGCAAGACGAAUUUCCCUAUGGGCUUGCUUCGCAAGACGAAACGUCUUGCGAGUUCUUGCGAGUUUGUUUCCUUUUUCUUAAAGCCGCUAAGCCGUUAAUAGCUGCUAAGCCGCUAAUAGCCGCUAAGCCGCUAAUAGCCGUGCUUCGCAAGACGAAAAAACCGCAAGACGAAGAGACUCGCGGAACGGAUUAAUUUCGUCUUGCGAGGCACCACUGUAUUCUACUCAUGUAAAAACACGCUCAUUCCCAGACCAUCGGCGGGCUGGAUUUAGAAGGCAAUUGGGCUUGAUCCGGCCCCCAGGCCUUAGUUUGCCUACCCAUGCUAUAAAGUGUCUUACUAUAAUUUAACUUGUGCUUUGGGAAAGGAAAACAGUAUACAACCUGACUGAUGUAAAGUUGUAAAUGUUGUAAAGGCUUUUGACUGAGAGCUGUCAUCAUUAUUUCAAAAUAUAAUUCAUUGCUUUUGUGCAGGCCAGCAAGAUAAGCACCAUCUCCUUACACUGAAAUGUGACCUUGAGGACUAGAAGGUUUGCACAGUCAUAUGGCGUUUGCAUCUGAACACACCUUCCUAGGGGCAAGGCUAUUAAUCUUGCUAAGUGAACCUGUGAAUCACUGGACAAAGCUACAAAGUAUUCUCCCAAGGGUAAUGAGUUUUGUGAUAAGAAGCCCAAAGAGCAACAAAACAUUCCUUUCACUCGCUUAGCUAAGCCGUUGUGUGCAUUUGGUGCAAUAUUGUCAACUUCAGAUUUUGCUGUUUUGCUGGUGAAAAUGAUAUUAUGGUAAUUGCAAAGUAGGUGGGAUUUAAAUUUACUAGUCACACAUUCUUAAUUUACAGGGUCCAAAGAACAGUUUACACAUUGGCUACUGUGGCCUUAUAGCAAAGAGAUUGAUUUUCAGAGUUCAUUUCUUGGGUCCCAAAGUACUUUUUGUCUCCUACCAUCGUAUAAGGGAACUUAAGAGGAGCUGCCUUCUAAUUGAACAGCAAGCAUGAUUCCUUAUUGUAAUAUAACCGAGACAUUGAUUCAUUGUCCAACCAGCAACAGAAGCAGCAUGAGCAAAUAUACUAGUGGGAAUCAUGAAAGCAAGCAAGUGCCCUUCCAUUUCUGCAAGCAGUUUACUGCCUACUUUUUAUGGUCUCUGAAGUAACAUCAAGACCUCUGCCUUAGUGCUAACAUUGCCUCAUGAAUUAUUUGCCACUCUUGCUGCUUCGGUUUUGCUAGAUUCCCACCCACAUCCAUCUAAAAUAUGACUUUGUACAGCUCUCCCAACUGUGGAGAGGAGGAACAUCUCGUGUUUUUCAACUUCCCUUUCCCCUAUUUAAUCUUGCUGUUUUGAUUUCUGUUUACAUUGUCUGCCUAGCUGAUGAUUGCUUUCAGUUGGAGGGGCUUGUGUCAUGACAUUCUGGCUUCCUAAUAGGACAUUAUCAUGUAAUGAUUGGAGCAAACACCUAGACAUCGGGAAUCUUUGCUGCAUUACACUUUUUUUGAACUGGUGUCAUUAGAUUUUUUUGUCUCCAUUUAAGAAGGAAUGAAGGGUAUUCUCCCCUCCAAAGAAAUACUGUACAGUUAUUCGAGAGUAAUUUGUCCUUUUUUAAUGCUAUCCUAAAGCUUGUGUCUUAGAACUGUCAAUAGAGCAUUUUGGGAAACCUUGAAGCUGCAGGUGUUUGUUUGCAAAAGAAAAGAGCCACUGAACAAAUUCUUUGCUGUAGUGGCUUUUGGGACUGACUGUCUUAAUCUAGUAUACCUCCUAUUCUGCUUUCUCCCAUCAUUGGGCAGAGACUAGCACUUGUGUAUCUGAGCACAGAAAUUUCCUUGAACAACUCUGGAGUACCAGAAUUCACCCUAAUCUUGUCUAAAACUCUCUCUAUAGCUUUUUCAUAGGAUAUUAUUGACUAUUUAUAACCUGGGUUUUUAGGAAGCUUAGUUGUACUGUGCAGCUUUGCCAAGCAAGCACAUUUAGAGAUUUGCAAAAUUAGGUAUUUAUGAGGAUUUUAUAUAUUUUUUUAGAUUCUAGAACUGCAGCUCUGAUGUCAGUAAGCUAUAAAAAUGAAAGUCUGUGAAUUUUCUUGGUUUGAGUAGCCUACCAAUUUACAGUGCGCAAGUGGAAAAUUGCAGCCUUGAUUUAUAAGUCAUGUUGGCAUAGGGCAUUAACGAAAAGGCAUAGGGUUGCCAGUCAUACCCUAAGACAGCUAUUGUUGCACAGAAGGCAGAAUUUCAUCUGGUGUGGCUUAUCUCAUCACACCAGUGCAGUAAGCUAAGGAGCCAGGUAGAAUUUUCUUAAAAGGGACAGGGAUCCUUCAGCAUCUGGGCUUGGUAGCUCAGUACUGGAGAAAUACUUGCAUAGGGAAGUCAUUGCUGAGAAGUGGCAGGGGACAAUUCUGCCCUUCAUCUACUUUUCUCAGAGAUUGGAGGGUCUGGUUUUUCUGUACAGGGGAGUCAUAAAUCCUAUUGGGUCUUUUUAAAAUACCAGCUCUUAUCUUCUUACCAGCUUUUUUAGGCUGGAGACAGACAGUAGGUCUAUUCCUCCUCCUCCCCAAAGUGUAGAAGGCAAUGUGCACAUCACAAGCUGGAACCUUUGUUUCACAUUUUCCCCACAGUCACCUCUGGUAAAAUGGUGCUUUUGCAUUCUUUAAAAUUCUCAAAACUUCCUUGAUUUAGAAGGUCUUCACCCCCAAUGGCAGAUGCUGCACAAUGGUAAUGUAGGGUUUUUCCCCGGAUGUUAAGUGCUAUGCUAGUGUACUGCUGGAACUCACAAAUCUUAAAAGAAGAACUUGAGCAGUUUUGUCAAGUUUCCUUGCUGUAGUAAUAGGUUUACUUUAUCGGGAGAAAGUUCAUUUUUUUCAGAAAUCCAUUUAUUAAAUUUGGAUUAUUAGUGCACUCGGUUUCAGUAUGGAAAGGGGUAGGAUCAGUAGUUGUAUAUUUAGCACAUUGAGACACAUAAGCCCUCAAUGCUGCAUCUCUUCUAAAGCAGCUCCUCUUAAAAUACUGCAAUAUUUAAUUAUGGAAUGCAUUUCAGAUAUUCGUACCGAUACUUUCUAGUUGUAAUUUUUCUAUUUAAAAUCUGUCUUUGAGUAUCUUUCUAAUAUUGACACUGCUGCUGCAUUUAUAUUAAAGAUUUGGGUUUUUAUUCAAAUGUUAAAAUCAAUGUUAUGAUUUGAAUAUUUGUCAUGAUUUGAAUAUUGUUUUUUAACUAAUUCAGUCUGAUUUUAAGUCACUUGAUAACAUUGGACGUAGUUAAAAAUAUUCAGAUCAUGACAUUGAUUUUUAUUUACUGGGACCUUUGCUAAAUGUGGAUUAUGGUGGUAAGACAUAGCUGUCACUAUCUUUGUACAUUUUUAUUUUCCGGGACUUUAAAAUCAUCUGUAUACUGAAUUUUAAAUUUCUGCUAUAGUUACCCUUUGUGUUCUGGCAUAAAGCAUUUUUUCACAUUAUGGAAAUGAUUUAGUUCCUUAUUCUUCUUGUCCUAGAUGUAUAUGGUCACUUUCUCAAAUUAAUCAGUAGCUUGUUCACACUUGUUACAACACUAUUUUAGAUGAACCCAGUCUUGGCCUUAACUACAAAUAUGUCAGUGUCAUAGCUUAAGGCCUUUCAGCUACUAAAUAUAAGGUGGCUUCUUUAAGAUGUACUUUUUUGGAAAACAAAAAAGUGCCUACUUGCACCAUGCAAUAUGACUGCAUUAAUGGAGACUUUUGUAAUAAGGUUUUGAUUUUUUAAAAAGCUUGAAUGGAUGUUCCAUUUUUGUACACUUUUCUUGUUGGCUUUUGUAUUGUACCUUUUGUAUAUGCUGGUCUUUUUUUCUGCCUUAAGAAAAAAACUACUACUUUAUACUACUCUUACUGCACUAUCUCUUCUGUAAUAAAGCUGGUUUCUCAACACAUGUGUACAUCAUUUUUAAAUAAAGUUAGCACUGCAAAACAUUUCAAGAAAGCUGAAAUUUGAUACU